AAUUUAGCAAACAGUAUAGGCUAAAAUGUUGGACGACACGGAGCGCGCCACGGAUUGGAAAUGUAGGCUUGCAAAACGCAGGAUUUAGCAUUAGACCCCUGAAAAGAGUUACAGUGGCUCCCCCCACUGGCGGUUCUUGACUAGUGGAAGACACAUUCUUACUGGUUUAACAAAAAUAGAUUGCUAACCAAACUACUGGAGAACAAACACAUGCUUGAAGUUGCUAGGUGAGGUUUUGAUUGGCUGAGGUUUGAGAAGCAAGACCUCACGAAUCAGACCACAUGGAGGUCAAAGGGCGCCUCAUCACAUCCAUGGGUGUGGGGGCUCCAGAUCAGGACAGCAAGCUGCAAGCUGAGCGCAUCUCCGCACUGCAGGAGAGAAAGCAACUACUGGAGGACCUCCUCAGCAGCCGAGUGGGAGAGCUGAGACAAGUGUGUCUGCUGGAGGCGGAGCUGACCGGGAAGGUCCCACAUGCUUUUCCCCUGGAGACAGGAGAGAGAGCUCCCGUUGUACAGUGCAGGGCUGGCCUGCCACAUAACAACACCAAGGGAGAGGAUGAGACAGGUCAGCGGAGGCAGAUGAAAACACUCUUCAGUGGUGCUCUGUACAGGCACUCAGAGUCAGACAGGAAUGUCCCCAACAGCAAGAGGACCGUUCACCGGGGAUGCCACACAGAGGACACAGUGAUGUCAGAGAGCACUAGCUCCAUGUCAGAUUCAACAUCCCAUGACAAUGAGGAGUCCUCUCCCAGUGUGGCAGCAGACCACCGCUCCAUGUCCCAGCCCCGUCUGACCCUGGGCAGCCCAGACCACCAGGUCUGUAGGAAACUGUCCCCAGUGGAGAUAUACUAUGAAAUGAGGACGCGCCGUAACUCUGUGACCAGCUCCAUCAGCCCUAGUCAUUCUCUACCAAGGAGUACAUCUAAUGUUGAAGGCAGAAGUGUUCCUGCUACCCCCCUCAUCGCCCGAACCGCCCCAAUCAGUGUUCAUGUCAGAUCGGAUGGCUCUGGUGGGAUUGCGCUAAAGCAGUGGUCUGGCAGCCUGGAUGUACCACAUAUGGUGCCCUUGGCCCAGGAAGGCUCCUCCUCGGAGCGCAGAGGCUGCCCUUACAGCUCCUGUGCCCGGCGGAGCAACAGUUCUGAGGCCCUGCUUGACCGCUCCAGUCUCCCCGAGGACCCAGCCCCCAGGAACGGGAUGCCCCCCAAAGGAGGGCCCUACAAAAGCUCUGAGGCCCUCACUGACGGCAAGCUGAGGCACAUCCACCUGGGCAGUCCUGAGAGACACCUGGACGGCUCUAUGGAGCAGGGCAACAUGCGGCUGUCCAUGGGUGGGAGAGGAGAAGCAGGGGGAGGGGGUUACAACGAGCUCCUAAUGGAUUACAUCUGGGGGAAGCAACAGAGGAUUCAAGUGCAACACCAGCUGUACCAAUCAACGGGUAGAAUCUGGCAGGACAUUUCCUCUCCUCGAUCUUCUACUGCUGCAGUGCCUCCUCAAGCCAACGGCUUCUCACACUCCCAGGUGCAUCUUCCCAGUGCUGCCCCUGCCUACAGCCCCAUGGUGAUCCGUGGCUCCCAGGCUGAGCCUCACAGAGUCAAAGUCACGCGGACCAAGUCCUGUGGACCCUUCAUCCCCCUGCAGCAGGACACCAUCCUGCUCUCUGCCUAUGAGUCUCCCCACCCUGCCCCAAGCUCCACUACCUCCUCCAUUCCCAACCUGCACCCCUACCAGACUGAGCUGUCCGGCCCCUCAUUCAAUCACAGGCCUCCCCAGUUCUCUCUCCCCACCCCUGAGGACUCGACGAGGAGUCUGCAUAAAGCCCUGGCGCUGGAGGGUCUCAGAGACUGGUAUCUGAGGAACGCCCUCGGCUACCCUACCACCACGUCAAAGGGGCAUGAUGCAGGGGUCUCCCGCCUCUCACACCCCCACCCUUUGGUGCGUCAGGCUCAGUCUAUACAAGGUGAUCCACUCCAUAGGUCCCAGAUGUCUCAGUCAGCCAGCUUCCAUGGCCACCCAUUGCAUGGAAGGUCAAUGGAGUUCUCACUCUAUCAAGAGCCCAUUCAUCCUCAGAUGCAAGACAUGACUCUGAAGGAGCCCAGUGCUGACCCUGGCACGUUGGUCUAAUGUAGCUGAAUAUUUAUUUAAACACACACGUGCACACACACACACACACACACACACACACACACACACACACACAGAGAUCCGAACAAUGUAAAAGGAGCUGAUAUAAGGUGACCUCACAAGCUAAAAAAAAAACACAUUACAACCCCAGCAGAAAAAGACUGUAAAGCUGUGCUGAAUGCCCUCUGUUGAAAAUUAGCCCAGCAACUUUUGACUCCUAGAUCGCGAAGCGAAGAAUGGAUUUGCACUGGAGCUGUCCCCGGAGUCUCAGAAUAUAUUGUUAUUCUGUAGCUACCGUAUACUGUAUUGUAUUCUAUUGUUGGUCAGACCCAAGCCACAUGUAACAAAUAUCCUCCUUGUUUAACCUAACAAAUCUCCCAAGAUAUAAUUUUUUACAGAAUAUAGUAUAUGUAUUCUAAAUUACUAUUUUGUAUCUUCUGAGAUAUAAAGAAUAGAUAUAGAAGAGGUAAUUUAUUGCUCAUGAGUCUUGUGAUUUACAAAAAUAUGUAAUGAACUCAUAUCAUCUAAAAAGUAUUUAGACCAGUGAAUGUGUAAAUGUACAUGUUUGUAAAGAUGAAUAUAUUACAUCUGUCUUAUCUUUUCAUCUGUCCAUCAAACAUGCAUUGGCUUGCUAUUUCUCAUGUUUGUUAAAUGAAUGGGGACUUACAUUGCAAUAUCGUAGACUGAGGAACAGGAGCUGUGGCUCUGUGUUUAAAACAAAACCCUACCUUUUGUAAAAACAUUAGCGCUUUCUAAUCAUCUGCAAUGCUAACACAAAUCCUUUCAAAGCUUGGUCUUCAAUCAACAAAUGAAAGCAAUUCAUGUUGUUGCCAAAUUGAGUUGUUUCAUGCAAUCAAAUUUUUCUGCAUUUUCUGAGUCCAGCUGCUGAAAGGUCAUAAUAGUAAAGUUCAGAUAAAAACCUGAGGGCUUUUAGAGGUCUAGGACAGUCGUUUAAUUAACUUUCUAGUCAUUUCUAUUCAUUCAGUUGCGUAGCACGUUUUCCUUCAGAGCACUUUAUGAAUGUCAAAAGCCUUAACCCCUUAAAAGCAAGUAAAACAGUGGGAUGAGACAUUUUCCCCAAGAGAGAACACUUGAAAACCAGAAAAUGGUUGACAGGGUAUCAAGUGUUACCAGGGUGAAGUUCAUGUUCAAGUCUACGUCAAAUGGUGAAUGUUUGUGGCCCAACAAUAAACCACAUAUUUGGAUCUGUAUGUAUCAUGAUAAUAAGCAAGACUUGACAAUAAAUUCCUUUUAAAGGGGUCUAACUAGAACAGGGCUAGGGAUGGGACUGCUGAAUGAUGGCGUGAGCAGGCCUUAUGUCAGAACUCAUAAGUGUGUGCUAGUAUGAGAUUCCAUUUCCAUUGUAUCAUGUUGUCAUACGCUACUCCUAGUGGUGGCACAAUGUUAUCAAAAUGGUACAAAUUAUUUUAUUCAUGAAUGCCCAAAUGCCACCACAAUUCAAGAACGACACUUUUAUAAGCUUCCCAUGAUACACUACGUGACCAAAACUAUGUGGACACCUGCUCGUCGAGCAUCUCAUUCCAAAAUCAUGGGCAUUACUAUGGAGUUGGU